CGUCUCUUCGCCAUUGCACCGCGUUGCCUACUGGACAGUCUUUCUUCUGUGUUACUGUUCUGUUUUACUGAACAUAGUAACUGUGGGAUUUCACUCUUCAAAGCCUCAAUCUAUUUCUUGGAUUGAUUUAAUCUUGUAGGGAUAUUCAAAUGGGGAAAUGGAAUAACAGGAGAUGGAUACCGAGACGAAGGUAUAACAAUAACAAGAGAUAUCAAGAUUAUGAUUAUGAAGAGCCCCCGCCUUCUCCUCCUUCACCCCAUCAUUCUCAAUCCAAUCCUCCUGUAAUGCAGGAUACCAGUGGAUCAUCAUGGGAAAUAGAUUUCUGCAAGUCUGUGAGAGUUCCAUGGCAGAAGGUUGUCACUACCAAAAAGUACAUGUAUUGCCAUGAAAAUGUGGUCAAAUGGGAUGAUUCUGCAGGUGAAGAAGCGUUCCAUAAUGCAAAAAGGAGGUAUUGGGAAAAGAUUAAUGGCCUCCCUUGUGAGACUCCCCUUCCUGAUCAGGAUGUCUACAUUGAUGAAAUAGACUGGAAUCCAAAUAUUGAUGCUAGACUAAUUUCUGAUUUAGAUGGGGAGUACUUUAAUCCUGAUGAGACAGAAUGUGCUGAGAAGUCGGAAAGUGUAACUAACAACGAAGGAAUCCUAGACACUGAGGGUGAUCCUGGUGACAAUCCAUGGGAAAGGGGUUCUUCACAGAGAGUUGAUAAUCAGAAAGGUGCAUCAUCUAGUUGGGGCCAACAUUACGAGUCAAUAAAGUUGAAGAAUGUCAAUGAUCCUUGGAAACAAAGUGGCUCUAAGGCAGUUGAGCCCUUGAAGAAUAAUUCAUGGAAAAGACGUUCAGAUGAGUCAUUGGAUUGGAACCAGGAAUCAAAUUAUAAUAAGCAGUCUAGUAAUGCUAAUAUUAUUCCUCAAAAUUCCUGGAGUCGUGGUUUUGAUUUAGGAUGUGGUGGAGAAAAGCGACAAAGACAAGAUUAUUGGACUAGGGGUUGGAAGCAGUGGACCAGUAGUGGUCGUGAACCACAGAGAUCGGGCAAUGCUGUCAUUACUUCACUAAAUAAUUUUGCUUCUCAAACAGGAGCUCCUUGGAACAGAGGCUGGACAAAUUGGGAAGAAAAACAGCUAACUCAAAAUGAUUCUGGAGGCCAUUCGUUUUCCGGUUGCAGGAAGAGGGGAGGAUCCUUCCAGCAUGGACCAAGAUACAAAGCUUCUAGAUUUGAAACUAAUGAUCAUGUGAUGGCUUACCAGUGGCAGAGGGAAAAGUCACAGAAGACUGUUCAUUUCUAUGUUUGAGGAAUAAUCAGAAAGUGCUAAAAAUGCCAUUGUACUUGGGCCUAAUGAUCUUUUAGUCUAAUUCCAGUGGUACAGAGUCAUUGGAGUUCUGUCCAUCUCCAGCUGUAAAUUAUUUUUGGUCUAGGUAUCUUGUGUCCUAUUGCCAUACUGCGAUUUUUUUGUGGAGUGCUUUUUGGGAGGGCAUGAACUAUUGUGGAUUCUAGGAGCUUCAGACUGUUUUCGUCUGAUUAAUUUGAUUAGCCUGAUUGAUAAAUCAGUCUUUGGUUGCAUAAGCUCUCAAGACCAGUGCUCAUUUGUAUACUGGCUUUUCUGUAAGGUACGAUUUUAUGCAAGCCAUUUCACAAAAAGUUUGUAAAAGUAUAAAGUAUAAUAUUUCUUUUUUAUUGUCA